CAGUAGGUUUCCCCAAAACAUGAUCUUUCUGUCAGCAGCCACUACAGUCAGUACAGUUCCUAAUUCCAUCGCUAGUCACAUAACUAAUACCCACAUAACAUCGAAAAAUGCCGUUGAUAGCCAACCAAUCCUUGAAGAAGGGGGAAAAGGUGAAAGGUCACAAGUUACAGCAGCCACCAUCUUGCAAAGUAAAACAUGGCCUCCAUCGGAAGACUUCCCUCAUAACAAUUGGUCAGAAGAUGAAGAAGGAUCGGAAACACAGGGCACAUGAGGAGAACAAAACCACCUGGUUGAAUACCAAUGGUCAGACAAUAGCCGUGGAGAUAAAACACAUAAAGAAUUUGGGAAUGGACAUGAACAAUUUUUUUAAAACAAAGGCCUGGGAAGUCGACCAGUAUCCUGGUAAUAGUAGCUCGUCGGAAACCAAAGCUUCGGUUAUGGUGAAUGUAUCGCAGGUUCAGACUGAAGAUAAGCCCCUCAGGAAAAAGAUUGGCGAAUUUGAGAUGCUUUUGAAUCCACAACUUGUAAAUCCCAUUGGCAAACGCGUUUUGGAAAUGGCCAGGAAAUCCCCUAGACAACACAGAGAACACUGUAAAGGCAGGGUUGAGAAGCAUAAUUUCGGGAAAAGGUCAACCAAAUCUUUUCUUAAAACCAACAAAAAGACGCAUGCCAAAAAGAGCGCAACAAAUCGAGAAUAUGAUGAUAAAACUCUAUACGAGUCCGAAGUCUUAACGCCUUGGAAUGAUUUCAGCUCUGAUACAGAAAAUGAUGAGAUGCACCGCUCGGAAGAUGAGCUCAGCAUAGAAAAUGAAUCGCCAGAUUUUUUCUUAGAGGGCAGGGUUGAGAAGCAUAAUUUCGGGAAAAAGUCAACCAAAUCUUUUCUUAAAACCAACAAAAAGAUGUAUUCCAAAAAGAGCGCAACAAAUCGAGAAUAUGAUGAUAAAACUCUAUACGAGUCCGAAGUCUUAACGCCUUGGAAUGAUUUCAGCUCUGAUACAGAAAAUGAUGAGAUGCACCGCUCGGAAGAUGAGCUCAGCAUAGAAAAUGAAUCGCCAGAUUUUUUCUUAGAGGGCAGGGUUGAGAAGCAUAAUUUCGGGAAAAAGUCAACCAAAUCUUUUCUUAAAACCAACAAAAAGAUGUAUUCCAAAAAGAGCGCAACAAAUCGAGAAUAUGAUGAUACAACUCUAUACGAGUCCGAAGUCUUAACGCCUUGGAAUGAUUUCAGCUCUGAUACAGAAAAUGAUGAGAUGCACCGCUCGGAAGAUGAGUUCAGCAUAGAAAAUGAAUCGCCAGAUUUUUUGUUAGAGGAAUCUUAUUUUACAGAGAAUGAGAAGAUUACUUUGGACGAGUUUAUAAUAGACAAUAACUAUAACUUUGACUUGAAUUUGGGAAACGGUGAAACCAGUCCAUCAGAAGAAACCAUUCCUCCGGAAGAAGAAACGAAGCCGAAAGAUUUUCAUUUAAGAAAAGAAGAGGCGGAAAUACAUGAAAAAUCGAACUGCUCUCCAUUCGGAAGUGAGUUAGAAAAGCCAAAUGAGAUCCCAGUUGAGGAACAUUCCGAGGCGCCCGCAAGUAUUAAAGUCAAUAAAAAAACGAAGCCGAAAGAUUUUCAUUUAAAAAAAGAAGAGGCGGGAAUACAUGAAAAAUCGAACUGCACUCCAUCCGGAAGUGAGUUAGAAAAGCCGAAUGAGAUCCCAGUUGAGGAACAUUCCGAGCCACCCGCAAGUUUUAAAGUCAAUAGUGAUCGCAAACCUUUGGGUCGCCCUGAGCUCCCAAUUAGGGGAAAUUCCAAGCCGCCCGAUAAUAUUAAACUCGAAACUAAAGUCAAUACUGAUCGCAAGCCAUUUGGAUACCCUGGGAAUGUAGCCGUUGUUAAUCCUACUUCAGGUAAACGUAAUCCUCUUAAGAAACGACCAGAAAAAAGGUUUGCUAGACCUGUUACCAAUGACAAUGGAGGCGACGACAUCUAUCCAUCGCCCCCCUAUUUAAGAAGACCCAAGAUGGGUAGUAAAAUGAGUCAGCCAAUAAAUACUCAUAAAAAACGGAAAAACAGGUUUUGUCGCCAGAGGAUACUUGAAAGGCUUCAGGUUCCCACAGAAAGAAGGGGGGAUCUUUUGUUUUUGGCAUCGAACCAAUUUUACAUUUACUUAGCAAUAAUUUUAACGGCCCUUUCUAUUUUCAUUUAUUAUAAGACCUAUAUUGGGCGACCUAUCCCUAGGACGCUUUGGCAGAACUUUUUGCUUACUUUUCGAAUAACCAAAUAAAUGUUUUCCAAAUUAAUAACUAUGAAAAUGAAAAAAAAAACGUAAACAUUGGCUUGGAGAUUGAUUAUAUUUUAUAGCUUAACUCACUGAAUGCACCCUUUAAUAUGCGGAAUUUUUUUAUGUUUUAAGGAUACUCCAAAUGGAGCUAGCUGACACGAAAUAGUUGCUCAUAUCAUUUCUCAUUUAUCAAAUGAGGUUCGGAAGCCUUUUGUGGCUGCGUCAUGGAAUGCCUCAGUGUCUCAGAAACAAGUCAUUUAAAUAUUUAGUACCCAGUCGAUUACCCCUGCCUUCUCCUUUCCCAAAAUCCCCGAUUUGAGAUGAAGACGGAGAUGGCAGGAACAACAGCCUGCCUUACAGCCAAUCGCGCCGGCGAACGCUAGCAAAUGCAAAUUUAAUGGUCUAUGAAAAAGGUAGCCGGGCAAAUGCUUUUAACCACAUCCGCUGCUAUUAGUUCACCGUCGGAACCGAAGGAACCGUAGGAACCGUCGGGAAAGCGUUGCUGAACAACAAGAGCGACGGAUAACAAUGGAAAAUGACGCCAGUGGAAAUGCGAAAAUCAAUGCGCAUUAGUGGAUGGUGUUAUUUCAUCUUGCUCUGCUGGAGAAUUGGCAAUAUCCCCGGCUAACCCUCGCUUAAAUUUUACAUUUGCCAAGUGGAUGUGGGAAUCAAAGAGCACCGCAAGAGCAUAGCAGUCGAUUUAACUUUGAAAUCUGAAUAUCUGAUGGCACAAACUUAUACACUAAAGAGCUCAUUUCAUUUGGAAUAAAAGUUAUAGGGCGUUUUUAUGAUGAGUUCUAAACAGAAGUUUAAUUUUAAUUGAAAUAACCAUGUAGUUCUCUUUCUUUUAGAAACAGGGAUGUUUUAACAUUAUACUACAAGGUUGUCUUGCAAAUCU